AUGGCCUCUGGAAUAUCGAUACUGGUUACCGCGUCAAAAAUUUCGAGGUCUCUCGAUGGUAACCGUGAUAUCGAUGAAGGAGGCAAGACGGGAGGUUGUAAUGCUCCCUCCUUCAAUUUCGUCAACGUCCCUCUUCGUCUUGAUCAAACCCCCCUCGGACCUCUUCUCGGUGAACUCCCGUCCUCGUCGCUGGUCUACCUCAAGGCCCGUCAAAGUAUUGCUCUCAUGUUCACGCUCGUGGUCGACUUGUUCAGUCGAGCGCGUUUUCUACGAUCCAUCCUACAUAUUGAAAAAGAUAUUCUGGCCAACGUGGGGGUCGAACCCAAGACCUUCGCGUUAUUAGCACGACGCUCUAACCAACUGAGCUAG